CGUUUGUAUUAGCAAAGUUCAGAUGGGCAUGUUUUGAUUGGACGUUUUUAUAAAUAUCAAGCUGCAUGUGCGAUUGCGCUGGUGAUUUUGAGUUUUUACCAUGAUGCCAGGAGAGAAUCAAUCCAACGCCAGAGGAAUCGCCUCUGAAGCAACUUCUGGCACCUGUCAAAACUGCACUGUUUUAAACCAGAGCUUAGAUGAAUAUGUGGCUGCAUUGUUGACUCUUAAGCAGAAGAUUGUCGACACAGACCAUAUCUUGAGUGAAUACAAAGAGAAGUGUGAUGAGCUGCAGAAAUCACAAAGAGAGAGCAGCACACUGCACAGACAGCUAGAUGAGGUGCUGCUGAAACUUGAGCCUUUGGAAAAACAGACUGUGAAGUAUGAACAGAUUAAGACAGAGCUAGAGAAUACUAAGGCUGAAUUGGAAUUGAAUCAGCAGAGAUGUGAAGAUGUGGACAGACUAAGAGAGGAAAAUGCACAGAUAAUUAUUCUAAAAGAAAAACUUGAAGAAUCCUUAGCACAAGCUCAGGACACCUUAAAAGGGCAAGAUCUGGAGAAUGAGAAGCUCAAAAAUGAAAAGCAAUUACUUGAGGAGGAUCUACAGAAAUUGCAGGAUUCCCUUAGAAAAUAUCAUCAAACUUCUGAGGAACAUGAGAGUCUAAAGUUGGAGAAUGCCAAAACCCUGAUUUUAAAAGGAAACCUUGAGAACGAACUUUUGGUGUUGAAAGAACUAAAAUGUCAACAGGACAAUGAAGUUGGUGCUCUGAUAAAUGAGAAGAGAAGACUUGAAGAAAUGUUGUUCACAACACAGCAAAAACUAAACAAACUUCAGAAGGAGUUUAAUAAAGAAAAAAGGAGCAUGUCUUCUCAGACAGAUACUGAGCCAAUAAUUGACAAAGACAAAGUAAGAAUGUUGCUGGAAGAGCUCUGGCAUUGUGUAGAAACCUCAAACCAAACGCAAGAGAAACUGUUUUUCUCUGGAGAAGAGGCAACACACUUAAAAAGAAUACCUUCUCAUUCGUGGCUUAAUGGUCCUUCGGAAAGACAGAGUUUCCAUCCAUCUCCUGGGAAAGCCAGUCAAGAAACUCAGUUGCAAUCUUCAAAACACUCCAUGCCUAAAACACCCCCCACAGUCAGUAGGCCUAAAGAAUUGCCUCAGAAACUCAAAAAGCAGAAUAAUGUCCAACAGUUCAAUACACAAAGUAGAAAAAGGAAAAUAAGUUCAGAUGUGCUUGAACAAGUGGACACUUUCACUGAUGAUUCAAAAGAAAUGACUUGUAAAGGCCCGCUACAUGGAGAUUACUGUAUGGAUUUGAUGGAACUUAAAGAGUGGUUCAAACCUUUGCCCCCAGUUUUAUCACCUGUGCAUAGCCCCUUAUUAGAGCUGGUCAAUGUGAAUGAGAACAAACCAAUGUCUGAUACUCAACAAGAAAAUGAAUCAAGUAAUAAAAAAUCAAAAACACUGGCAAGCUUACAUGAAGAAUUGGAACUUUCACAUAUUGAGGACCCUCUUACAAGAUCAGCUGUUUCUGUUGAUAAUUUAGACUCUGAAAAAACAUCUGACUGCCAAAACAUGGAGGCAGAAAAUAUGUGUGAAGUAACACAUGGCUCUGUAGCCAACAGUCCAAGUGACCAUGCAAAGUUGGCUCUAGAAAAAAGUGUGGAAAUUUCCUUAGUAAAAGGUGCCACGGAUACUAGAGGAGAACUUCCACUGAAGAAUGAAGAUGAUGAAAAAGCACAUUUGGAAGAUGCAAAAGUGACUGAUAAAUUUACAAAUAUGUUGGAAAACUCUGAUCCUCGUCAGUGUAUUGAAUCUGAACUUGUAGACACCAGUUCUAGUGAAUUUUCAGAGUGCAAAACUCCAGAACAACCCAUUGUUUCAAGUGGAUCUAAUGUCAAGAGGAAUUUGAUGGGUGACAUGAACUGUCUUAAGUCAAAGAAUAUUGAGAAUAAAGAGUCAAAGAUCUCUGUAUUACUAGAAAUUAAUUCAGCACAAGAUACAUCAACACAAGAUGUUCAGAACAGACUGUCUGACAAGCCUGGUCAAUCUGAACAUAUUACAGAGAAUAAUAGUUCAGUGACUAUAGAAUGUAAGAAAAGUUUGGAUGUGCGAGAAAAUGUAGAUCUUUGUUCUUUAAAGACUUCAAGCGAUGAAUUGUCAUCAAAAGAUAAAGGAAUCUUUGGUUUGAUGAGAGAGGUUACUGAUCACACAAGGUCUGAAGGAAGGACCCACUCAAAGUUGGAGCAUGUUUCUGAAUUUGAGCCAUGUUCCACUGCAAAGCAAAUGUCCAAAGAUGAGGCUCAGGAAUUGGUUUCUGAGAGCAAAACACAGUCUUACGCUAAACUUUCAUUAGUAAUUAUGAAUUCUGAGGAAGAAAAAAAUUCCAAUCAGCAAGAAAGUUUCAAAACAUGCAAAGGAAAUCCUCCAGAAAGCCCAAGAAAAACUAUGCAAGUGAACAAUACAUUUAAUCAGGAGGCAGAUGAGAUGUCACCUGUUUCCCAAAGCCAAAUUGUCUCAAAUUUGGCCAGUGAUGUUUACAAACAUAAGGAAACAUUGGAAGAUUCUGUACUUGAUUGUCUUGAGGAUACCAGUACACCAUGUCAAGGCACUCUGAAUCCAGAAAAUUCUACCUAUGAAAAAGGUGCCAAUGUUACUCUUGUUCCAAAUCCCAAUAGCAAAAUUCAUAUUACACCGACAAAUUUUUUAUCUCUUAAAAAAGUUCGAACAGAGAUGGGUCCACCCCUACCCCCAGUUGUUAUGCCACUUACUAGUACUCCUCCAAGAUUUGGAAGACAUCACACACCUUUAAAGCCUACUUUAUCAUCUUCAAGUUUUUCAGCAGAUGGACAGAUAUCUCCUGAUACGAUCCUGCCAUUGCCUGUUGUUGAUUCAACUUAUUCAGAUGCCUCAGAAAUAGGCCAGACAACUCCAUCGUCAUCUUGUGGAGUUCCCUCAUCACCACUACAGUUUGGAUCAGCUACUCCAAAACAUGCUGUUCCGGUCCCAGGAAGGCUUCCAUCAUCUGCAUUAUCCUCCUCUCCUCCCUCCGCUUCUCAGGAAAAUUCAAUGCAAAUGUUAGAUACCAUGUAUCCUGAACUCUCUGCACGAGCUCGCACUUUAAACAUUCUCCGUGGGAAUGUUAACCUAAACCAAGCUAUAAAUGAGAAUGGUACCUCCCCUCCAUCUGUUAACCAGAUAUCAGGAAAUAAAAUGAUUAGUUCUGCAUCUACUGCUUUCACCAAAACAGAACAGAAACCAAAAAGGACAGGUGUGAACAUGCUUUUGCCAAAGAGCGCUAAAAGACUCAGACUCGACAACUAUUUACCUGCUCAUGCUGGUGCUGAUUCUCCAGCAGAACAAGUGACAGGAAAUCAAGCGGUUGUUGAAACAGAAUCUAUUCAGUUACAUCAAGGAAUGCAGAGUAAUCAAAAAGAACCGAUAACUGAAAAGGGGCCAGACAAGCCAAACAAUGAAAAUCAUCAGAUUUCUGAUGCGCUGGAAAAACUUGGAAUGUCCUGUUUUGAUGUUUUACCAGUUGUCAAGAGUCAUAUACACCUUGGGAGAAUAUCUCAGCUUCCAAUUUUGAUUGAUGCAGAAAAGUCUGUAAUUGCUGAUUUUUGUGUAAAUCAGUCUUCAGCAGAAAAGCUCAUGUUUGCCAUUUUGACUAAACUAAAGACUGAAAGGAGUGUUCUGAGUUGUGAACAUGUACAAGCUCUGUGUAGAGUCUACACUGGGAUAUGCCGCCAGAUAGGGGACUAUCAGAAAGCUCAUGCCUUUGCAUACAACGUUCUCAAAGAGGAUUAUCCAGAUGCCUCCAAGCUAAUCUUGUUCAUGAUCACAACAUGGCCAAAUGUGUUUUUCUAUGAGACCUUCUUGUGCAAAGCCAUUCAUACAGUGGCCAAGCUUAAAUCAGAAGAAGGGGUUUUGGAUGGCCUUACUAAAUAUCUUCAUUGGGAAAAGAGUCCUCCUGAUGACAUCCAUGAGUUGAUCAACUGCACACUAAAAGCGCUUCAAGAAGACAAAGAUUUGGCUUUCCAAAAGCAUGAUCGUCAUGGUUUUGAUCUUUGCCCAGCUUCUUGGGAAUACAUAUAUACCUUGGAUCUCCUGUGUACUCACAUGAAGUGGAAAUGGACACAUGAUUAUGUUAUUGGAAAAGAAUUAUGGCCCAUCAUGAAUACCUGGGUGACGCAAUCAAGGCUUCAGCAAUCCCCAGUCUGUGAUGUUUCUGUAGCCACUGUUCUGCGUUUGAUUGGACGACUUGGUCAGUUGGGAAUGAAACAGAUGCUAUGCAAAUCAGUUCAAAAUGUUGCAAAAGCUAUAAACCUCUUUGGAAAACAUGGGAUUGCAGAAGGUGUUCCCAAGGAGGUGCAGUUGUCUGCUGUCUAUGCCAUUUAUGACCUGGCUCCCUGCAACCCCAAAGAUGCUCUGGAGGCUUUGGCGUCCUGGCGAAGCGAAACCACACUGUCAGUACCAGCUGCUGUGACCAGCUGUAUCACCCAGAUUGCGUCGCUUUGUCGUCAGAUUAAAUCCUAAUUUAUUAUUUUUUUAUUUUUAAUAAACAACCUGUGAGACCUGACUAUGCUCUGGUUUUACUCCGUGACCUGACGGAAUAUUUGUGCCCAUCGAUCACAGUAAAACAAGCAAAUAUUGUCAUUCUUGUACAUUUGUGUAUAUUAGAUCAAAGUAUUAAGUUUAUACCAUAAAGAACUUUUGUAUUGAACUUAAAA